GCACUCGUCGCGCGCCGACGUCCCGUCAUGUCCUCCGCCGUCGCGCGCCUCGCCGCGCCGGUCCACCCGCGCGCGACGCCGACGACGACGACGACGACGACGACGACGACACCGAGACGACCCCGUCGCCGUCCCGAUCGUGGCGAACGCUCCCGGUCGUGCACGUCCUCGUCUUCAACCCGGAGACGCCGGACGAGGCGAUAUACACCACCUCGCGGCGCACCGCGGACGUCGCGCGGAACGACUUCCUCGUGUUCGAAUCCCUGCGCGACGCGACGCGCGCGUCCGUGGCGAUCAGCGACACGACCCCGGACGGUUCGAUGCCCGUCGUCGACGCCGUGGACCCUCGCGUCGUGGCGUACAUGGCGUCCACCUGCGGCUACGGCGUCGAGUGCGUCGCGGAGGGGGGCGACUUUACGCCCCCGGAGGUCGUCGUCGACGAGACCGUCGGCGGCGAGGGCGACGAGGACGACGACGACGACGACGACGACGUGCUGCUGGCAAUCUCCACGGUGGAUCUCGCGCGGUACCUCAGCGACGGCGGCGACCUUCCCGCGCCCGACGACGACGACGCCGCCGACGAAGCCGCCGCCGAAGCCGCGGAGAAGGAGAAGGAGCUCAGGGCGGCGCGCAGACGCGCGGCGCGGACGAUGCGAAAAGCGCUGCGGUCGCCGACGAGCAAAGUCAGUGCGCUGGUGCGAGCGGCGGCGGCGGCGCCGACGAAGGCGCUGCUCACGCCGACGCGAAGGGUGCUGCGCGCGAUGAAGACCGCGGCGACGGUGGAAAACGACGACGGCGAGAUGGACGCGAGUUGGGGGGAGGAGAAGCGGAUGCCUGCGGCUGCCAACGUGGUGUACCGAGCGCUCAUCGUCGUCGCGGAGAGGCGCUUGCGAGGCGACGGCGGAGGCGACGGCGGCGGCGGCGGCGGCGACGGCGCGUGACCUUCGGUCUCGUAAUAAAACACUAGAGAGACUAAUAACUCACUCGCAUGACGUACUGUGCGCGCUCGCGAAUACCUCGCCCCGCGCGACGAAUCGAAUCGAAUCUACGGCGACUUGGGCGAGGAGGGCGUCGUCGGACUCCCCGCGGGACUCCCGACCGGGCUCACCGCGAUCGUCGACGACGCCUCGUCGCCGUCGCUCCAUCCGAAAUCGAAGUCGUGCUCGCUACACGUAUCGUCGCCGGCGCCCGCGGUGCUGGUGGGAGACCGCGGCGCCUUCGACCUAUUCUUCGCCGUCUUCGCGCGAGGGACUAGGUACUUCUCCCCCGGGGCUUUCGCACGUUUCUUUUCGUCUGAGACGGAGGCGGAUGGCGACGCGACCUCGGGAUCGGGUUCGACCUCGGUGACAUCGACGUCGCCGCCGCCCGGCCCCGGCCCCGGCCCCGGCCCUGGCCCCGGCGCGGCGACGUCGUCUCCCUUCGGCGUCGGGACGAUAUCCUCCGAGAGCCGCGCCGCCGUCUCGCUCGUCGAGGUGUCCCCGCGUCGCGCGUUUCUUCUCCGCGUCGCGUCCACGGGCUGGAACCGAAACUGCGCGUGCACGUACCCGGUAUCCACGCCCUUGAGCUGCAACCGCUCGUAGCUCCAGUGCCCCAUGUUCGCGAGCGCGCGCGCGACGAUGUGCCUCAGAGGAACGUCCGCCUUGCCCAUGAACUCCUUCCCGUACAUAUCUUUGUCC